UUCCCUGUCUACGGUCUACGCGUGUAUCUUAAAAUCUCAUUCACAAGUUGACAAUUGAGACUGACAGUUGUCAUUUACUAACAUUAGGAAGUUUAAAAUUCAUGAGUCAAGUUCACAAUUGGACGUGUUGUUGUGCGAUUUUAGAAAUCAUUGAUUAGUUGAUGUGUUAUUAAUUUUUAACUUCAAAAAAACGAACAAACGUAAUUGCAAUUAUUUUAGAAGAACUAAAUAAAAUACCAGUGUUUCAACAUAAUAAUAUUUUUAUUUAGAUGUAAAUAAAUUAUUAUUUGUCUGUAUUUUGAUUUAAAUCUUUUAUUAACAAGACGCGGCAAUUUAUAAUGUUAUUAGUCUUACUCAACAGUACCUGAUAUAUUUUUACGAUAGUGUUAAGCGUUAAAUAUAAACAUGAGCGAUGAAAAGCAGCCGCUUCUUACCGGACCGAAUACUCCAAUUGACAAUGCGGUGGUUCAAACUGUAGAACUGGUCGCUAAUCCAUCGAUCCAUGUAUCACCAUUCAAACAUGAUUCGCCGAAAAAAACGGAAUACAACCCCACGUCCGAAAGAUACUUAGAACAUCCUACAUCCAAUUUUGACACACUAAUUCAUCUUCUUAAAGGCAAUAUUGGGACUGGCAUUUUGGCAAUGCCUGAUGCUUUUAAAAAUGCUGGCCUUUUUUUCGGUGUAAUUGGAACAUUAUUUAUGGGAGCGAUAUGCACACAUUGUAUGCAUAUUUUAGUUGCUUGUUCUCAUGAACUUUGUAUAAGAAACCAACGACCAGCAAUGAGUUUUGCAGAAGUAGUAGAAGAUGCUUUUGCAAUGGGACCUGUACCCUUAAGACCAUAUGCAAAAAAAAUAAGGAUUGUAGUCAAUAUAUUUCUAGUACUGACUCAACUAGGAUUUUGCUGUGUUUAUUUCUUGUUUGUCGCCACUAACCUCGAAGACACGAUGCAUUAUUUUCGCAUAAAACUAAGUGUACACAGCUAUCUAGCAAUGUUAUUUGUGCCAAUGUUGGCCUUGGGUAUGGUGAAAAACUUAAAGUAUUUGACUCCGGUAUCUUUAAUAGCAUCAAUAAUGACCGCUUGGGGCCUGGUUGUAACAUUCUAUUAUAUUUUGCAAGAUUUGCCUCACACUAGCAGUGUCAAGGCCUUUGCAAGUUGGCAUCAGCUACCCUUGUAUUUUGGCACGGCUAUAUAUGCGUUUGAAGGCAUUGGAGUGGUUUUACCUUUGGAGAAUAAUAUGAAAACACCGGAAGAUUUCGGCGGAUGGACGGGCGUUUUAAAUACUGGAAUGGUUAUUGUGGCAGCGUUGUACACAGCGAUUGGCUUUUUUGGCUACUUGAAGUACGGGGAAUCUGUGUCUGGCAGUAUUACACUUAAUUUACCGAAUGAUUUGUUAGCACAAAGCGUUAGAGCCGUGAUGGCGGCGGCAAUAUUCCUCUCGUACGGCCUUCAGUUCUACGUGCCUAUGAAUAUCGUCUGGCCGUAUAUUAAAACUAAAUUAAAUUCCGAAAAGGCACUUGAAUACGGCGAGGUUGUGACGCGAUUCGUUCUCAUCACAAUUACUUUCGUUGCGGCAGUGCUGAUACCGAAUUUAAGCAGCAUUAUCUCCCUCGUGGGUGCGUUCAGCAGCUCUGCUUUGGCGUUGAUAUUUCCACCUAUAAUCGAAAUUAUAACGUAUUGGCCAGAUCGUCUGGGAACAAGGUGUUGGAUAUUAUGGAAGGACAUUGCGAUUGUUAUGUUCGGCAUAACAGGUUUUGUCUUCGGUACUUACGCUAGUUUAGAAAAUAUUUUGAAACAUACUUAGAUAAAUAUUCAGGUGUGUAGAAUAUAGGUAACGUUUCUACUGAUGGUAUGUCCCAAACGGCAGUUAUUCAACAACCAAAUGGCAAUGCUUCGCGAAACCGUGCAACCUCCGCCCGAAACCAGAACUGUUUUACACAUACAUUAUCAUACUGUAAACGACUUCGGGGAUUUUUUGGCUUGGAGAAAGAUUAGCUUCUACAUCCAUAUAAAUGUGGACUUUGUUGAUUUAUUGUAUUGUGUGAAAAAACAUGUGAGUUUCUUGGUGUUGGUAUUUGUUUGACUAAAAGGUGGUCAAUAAUGGCAUACAUACAGGCAAACAUGUUGAAUAUUUCACUGGUACAAGGCACCAGAUUAGGGGCCCCGUCAGCCGAGGUCCAAAAAUAAUAUAAUAUUACUCUAACCGCUUCUGAAUGGGGGGCCUCAAUGUCUAUGGACGGUCCGCUUUCUUUUACGCGGCCCAUUUGACUUUGCCGUUCUUUUUAUUAGUAAUGGAAAAAAAAAAAAAUCUGUUAAAUAAGUCAUCGUCAAGAUGUUUGCUCGUUACUGUACCAACCAGUAUGUGGCGCGCUUUAUCUAGUUUAAUAAAUGUCUCUCGACACUACUUUUCUUGCCACGGACUAUUGCACAUUGGCAAAAUAAUCUGACUAAUGCAAUUAAUUAUUUACGAAUAAAAAAUAAAAAUCUGAUUCUCAACAACCAUGACAAUAAUAUUAAAUAGAAAUGACUUUAAAUAUAUUUAUACAAAUUUUACUUUAGUCAAUAGGUGUUGAAUCAAAUGAAGUGAUCAUGUAAUUAACUUAUUCUAAGAGUUACUAGUAUUAAAACAAUAAGUUAUUGUUCUUUAUAUAUCUGUUUAAAUAGCUAAAGAGUAUUUUAAAAUAAUUAUUAAUAGAUUAUAUCUGGCAUUUAUGUAUAUUUACUUAUGUUUAAUGGGACAUGAGUAAAUAAGCACAUUAGUGCUUAAUAGCUAAUCUAAUGCACAAAGGAAAGGAACGUGACAUGUAUCGGAUUAUGUUUUACAAUAUUUUUUUUAUUACGAAUAAAAUUUAAUAAUUGUAUAUUCUACGAUGAUGUUAAAUGGCAAAGUUGAAAAAUUUAUCAUGAAUAAUAUAUUUACUUUAUUUAAUAAACACAAAAGUAACUUGUACACGUUUAUCUUUUAAUAAAUAGUUGAAAACAUAAAUAAUACAAUAGCUUAUAUUAAAUCUAUGUUGACAUUUUUAUGUUUCUUUCUACAUUUGUUUUGUCUUUUUAUUAUAUUUUUUAUGUCAUAUUUUAUAUUAUGAUUAUAAAAAAAAAAUGUGAUAUGUAAUUUUUUUAUAAGAGGUACCUAUUUUAUUUAAAUGUAAAAUAUUUUUAAAGUUGAAGCUUUAAUUUAAAUGUAUGGUUACCUGUCAUUCCAAAUAGAAAUGUGACCUCAUAACUACCACCAUAGGGAUAAUGCAUUUAAGUGUUUAACAUAUUUGUAUAUUUUUAUUAUUUAUCAUUAUCGCUUUAUAUCGUCCCCGCUUUCAUUCACCUAUCUAGUCUAAUGGUCAAAUAGUUUCUUGUGUAUGGUUAUCCUUCACUUAGACUCACAUCUUUCGCACUGGCCUUAUAGACAUAAUUAACAAUAUUCUUGUAAUAUUACGUUCUCUCCGCGUUACAUUUAAAAGUCCAUACAUGAUCAGUUUGUAUUUAGCUUUUCUAGGCCUAUUUAUAAACUUCUAACGUACUCGUGGUUUCUGAGCUGGCGAACGUUUCGCUAUAUGAUAUAGUCUUAUUUCAUAAUACAGGGAUUUAAGUUGAGAACAAUACAAACCGAUUUGGUCAAGUAAAUAAAUGGGCGUUGCUUUUUAAGUUUCUCUUCAAAUUUAUAAAGAAAACAGCCACAAAACAGCUCUGUUCUGCCUAGAAGAACUGCCUCGUAAACAAUUCGAAAAACGAAGAAAAUCCGUAAAACAAACAUUUUGGCAGUUAUGAGGUGUUGUGGUAUGUAUCGAAAAUACCUCUACGAAGUUAUUUGUUCAUGAUCUAGUUGUGCCCAAUUGACUCCGUGAAUACGAAAAAGCUGACGUUUUGAUUACUAAUUUCGAUUUUUUAUUCUGGGAACUCGAUCCGCUCAUUUUUAAAGAUAUUACGCAAACUUAUGGAUGAUAUAAAAAAAAAUUGUUUAAAAAAUAUUUCAAAUAUCUUGUCUGCGGAAUAUCACAAGCCUGCGGGUCUAGACAAGUUACAAAUCGAUAUAUAUCAACCACAUAUAAUUGCGCUAAAUAUCAACCUCAGAGAAGAGAACAAACAUAAAUAAAAGAAACGCCCCUUUUCUAGUUAACCAGAGUUGCGAUACUAAAGUUGUAAAUGUGACCCUUAUAUAUAUUAUAGUACAAUACACACUGCAUAUGAGUGAACCAUGUAGAAUAUUGAUCGCUGACUCACUAACAAUAAUUUUGAACUCCCCAAUAUACCACACAUAUUUGAUAUAGAACAUUUUAAUUACUAUAUUAUUCGUACGAUUAAAGCUAGUAAAAAUCGCGUCUUUACGUUUAUGAUUUUCUAAUAACAUAACCAAAUACUAACAAUAUCGGAUACUUUCGUUUAUUAUAGUUAUUAUGUAGACAUUUUUAAAUACCUAAUUAAAUAUAUAUAAUCGACAUGAAUAAUCCAUAUAAAUUAAAAUAUUAAUAUUUGAUGCAUAAUGAAUAUUAUUUUCUGAACAGUUUAGAGGUCUUGUUCUUUAGUGAUAAAUGAAAAUAAAUUUGCAAAUACCUUACAAGUCACGUAGAAUAUAUAAAGUAGGUAUAUGACACAAAUUCGUUACGUAAUAAAAUAUUUUAUUUACUAGUUGUAAUAAACAAAUGUUUGAUAUAUGACAGUGAUUUUUUUUUCUAUAAUAUACGGGAUAUUAUUUAUAUAUUUUAUCCUAAUUGUUAUGCCUGUAAAGUUGAAAUUCUUAAACUUUACAUCUCAAUUGAAACCUUAAAUUAACUAUAAAAAAUGUA